CGACCAAUGGCCCGUACGAAAACAUUUACAAACGAACAAACAAUUAAACAACUAUAAACAUAGAUACAAAAUUCAAAUAAAUAAUUAGAAUUCGGCAAUCUUUUCGCCCUACAUUGAUAUAAGUUUAAUGAACUCUGCGUUUAAGAAUACAAAGUUUUUUUUUGUUACACAGCAGUGUUUGUUGUGACGUCUUGGUGUAAAGGAAUUUGUUAAAAAAAAAAUAUAAAAAUGUUGCCAUUAUUGAUCAUCCUCGCAAUAACAUCUGCUUACGCUGAUAACUGUUCCUAUAACUACGACGGAACCCGUUACUCCAAACAAUCAAUUUUAACGAUAAAAGGUCUACCAACCAAUCUCGUCAUCAACCCAAACACGAAGGAUCUUCAUUUCACACUAAUAGACAUAGAUACUUUACAAGAUGACAAUGUACAAACAAAAAUGGAUCAGUAUAUCCUAAGGAAUGGUGAACCAAUCAAAAUUGACAAUGUUAAUGGUCAAGCAGCAGCUGUUGACGUAAAAACCGAUAAAGUAUACAUCGCAAGCGAUGAAGGUUUAACUGUACUAAACAAAACCGAUAAAGCUAAUUUCGUUGCAUUCAAAGAUGAAGACAUAACUCAGCUAUUCAAACCAGCUAAUAGUGACAUGCUAUAUGCUGUUCUAUUCCCAGAGAGCUUGGUUUAUGCUAUAGAUUUGAAGAAAAACGAAAAGACUAAAAUAGAAAACGUGCCAUGCGCCUUCAUGCUUGCUGUUGAUGCUGAUGAAAAUAUAUUCUUCGAAUGCGAUUCGAAAUACGUCAAAGUACUGUUAAAAGAUUUCCAUGAUCCAAUUGAAUUCGUUGGUAUACCCAAGAAUUCAGCUAGAGCGAUUACUAUUGACGAUAAUAAUAGAGUGAUACUAGCUGCUAACGACGGAAUUUACUGGUUGAAAUCAGAUUCAUUGAUCCCGAAGAAAUUGAUGAAUUUAGAUUUUAUACCAUCGGGCAUAGUAUUUUUCGGUGAUAAUUUAUAUUUGUCCACGAGUGGUAUUAUUUAUGAAUUUAGUGAUAUGGAUUGCGAGUGAUGAGUUUGUUGAAUAAAUUAUAUUUUAAG